GCUUCGAUAUUACAGUUUACUCGUGAGCAACUGUUUAGUUUUUUUCUAUUUCAGGCUAAGAAAAAUUUUGCGCUGUCGUAUUACUGCAAUAAUCAUGUCAAAUUUGGGUUUCUAUCGCGCCGUCAUUCGCCGCUUACAUUUUGCGCUGUACGCUUACAUUGAUUUUCGUCUUUUACAAAUACGCAGUUGGCCAAAUACAAAUGGGUGAUAGAUACUCUUCUACGCUAGAACUACUGUUUCGAACGUACGCAAGUCAGAUUCAGAUUUAGCGGACCCAAACUGCGUUCUUCGGUAACAUUUCUUGUUACAGUGAAUUUGACGCAAAAGCAUUUUUAUUGGGUAAAAUUAUUGUUUAUAUUUAUUUGAUUUCUUUAAUACGGCAGCAAUGAGCCAAAACGCAACUCAUUGUGGCUGGCCGGAGCGGAACUUUAUUUAUAUAUAUAGCCAGCCCGGCUUCAAAUAUACUGAUAGUGUCCUGCGUCCAAUUUGGCUGUUAAUCUGCACAACCGGCAAUAUCAUCAACAUAAUUCUCCUGAGAAAAAUCACCACGUUCCAGGCAACAUUUCUGGUUUCAGUGGCUGCUUUUGAUAUGAUAUUCAUGUGGUCCUGGUUUUUUGCAAUGUACAUCCGGGAUCGGGUAGGGGAAUACAACAUUGCCGGUCAAGCAGCCUGGGCGACACUGACGAGCAUCGAGUACUUCGGCAACGUUGCAGCGCUUUGUUCGGAUUGGACACUUUUGAUAUUCAGUCUGAUACGGCUGCUAACCGUCAUUGAUCCAUUCUCAUCCAUCUGGUACACCAAAACAAAAAUUCGAAUACUGAUCACCUGCAUAAUACCGUUGGCCGGCAUUGCCAAAAUUUACCAAAUGGUCGAUUACGGUACGCAGGACAAGCCAGCGCAGAACUCUACAUGGCUUAAGCAAUGGCGCGAUGUUGAGGAUAUCGGAACUUUGGCGAUUCCCGUGGGGGUGUUCCUGGCAAUGUUGAUUAUCAACGUUCUGGUGUUGUUAAUCCUGAUCAAGCGCCGCAUGCUGCAGCCAUCAGCCACCGGCGGAAACGUUGACCUGGAUAAAUUCACAAAAUUCUGCCUCCAGCUGGAACGCAAAAAAGGAGAAGUUGUCGUAAAUUUUCAGCAAAAGGAAACCCGCGCUGCCACAACCGUGCGCCUUCUGACCGCCUCGGUGGUGUUGUUUCUUAUCUGCCGAAUUCCCUUUAUAUCCUGGUAUAUUCUGCUGAUACUGGAACGGCACUGCUUAGCGCAUAUAUCGGACAAUGACAGUGUGAUAUUUCUGAUAUUUUACUACCAGUUCUUGUACAUCAAUUUUUCCGUCAAUUUCUUAAUCUACUGCGGCGUCAGUCGGAUAUAUCUGAUGCGCUUUCUGAAAUUAACCGCCAGUUGUCGGCAUCCGAAAGCGCCGGAAUUCCGGUCCCGAAGUACUCUGGAAACAACCCUUUCUGAGAACUCCCCGAAUGCUGCGGAAAACAUUGAACGGUUCGACGCAGGAAAUACUGAAAAAACAAUCAGACUGGGAAGAAACGGUACGGUUUUGGCUGCGGAGAAACGUCCUAACAAGCAGGGAUGAAAGCGUGAAAUACGCGCACACCGGACGUUGCUGUUUUGAGUUAUUGAGAUAUCGCUGGUCUCGACCAGGCUAUGAAUGUCCAACGCUGGCAAUGCUGAUACACUAUCGUUAUAAGAAGUGAUACUGUAAUCUUUUCAUUAUAAAGGUUGGCAGUAGCUGACCGCUCCGUUUACAGGAACUGGAAGUAAACUGCAUAUCGGUUUUCCAGCCUACAGGGACAGAAUUUAUUUAUCAAAGCAGUGCUAAUGCGGUUGUGAUUUGCAACAGUACUAAAACUAAUGUUUGUUCAGCAACAUUUGGUGUAUCGCAUCAGCAUGUAAAGUCAAUAAAGGGCAAACUACAGUCAA